UUUCAGUGGCGCGAAUAAACAAGGUGUUCACUAGUAAAUACACGCUGCAGUUAGCGGUUGUCUGUACUGUAAACGUUUUAAAAGUUAUUCUGUUUGGAUCGUUUUCAAAUUAUAUUGAAUAGUCCAACAUAUCGUUUACGUUUCGAUUAACUUCGAUAUUUUGUCGGCGCACUUCGUAAAGAGAGAACCAUGUCGGACGCUUUGUCUGACGACGGCAGCGACAUCAACCAAGAUGACAGUCAGGAGGAUGUUAUUAUGACCCCGGCGGAGCUCAUAGCCAAACUGGAAGAAGCUUGGCUGAAUGAGAAGUUCUCACCGGAGCUGCUGGAGAACAAAUCAGAGGUGGUGGAGUGUGUGAUGGAGCAGCUGACUCACAUGGAAGCCAACCUGCAGCGGGUGAAGAAAGGUGAUGCGAAGGCCAGUGUCCAUCGCAUGGAAAUAGACAGGAUCCGCUUUGUACUCAGCAGCUACCUGCGCUCUCGUCUGCAGAAGAUCGAAAAAUUCUUCCCACACGUCCUCGAGAGAGAAAAGUCUCGAGGUGAAGGAGAUCCGUCACUGCUUUCACCUGAAGAGUUUGCUUUUGCCAAAGAGUACUAUGCCAACACAGAAACCUACUUGAAGGCUGUAGCAUUGAAGCGCAUGCCCCCCAACCUACAGACAGUUGAUAUGCUCAAAGCAGUACCAGAGCCCUGCUUGGACUCCUUUGUGUUCCUGCGAGUGAAAGAGAGACAGGAAAACAUCUUGGUUGAGCCCGAAACAGAUGAUCAGAGAGAGUACGUGGUGGAUCUUGAAGAGGGCUCUCAGCAUCUAAUGCGCUAUCGAACCAUAGCACCACUCGUUUCAAGUGGAGCUGUGCAGUUAAUUUAAAUGUCGAGGUGCUUCUGUUGGCGUGGAAGUUUUUGGCUCCAGGAGGUCAUAAAAUUAGCUGUGGCUCUUUUUUGUGACACAGCGGUAGUAAAGAACGGACAGUUUAACCUGCAGAGAUCACAUUUGUUUCUCACUGUUGUCAGGAUUAAGCACUAACUUGUGGGAUACAAACAAAGACAUUUGGGGUGACAUGAGUACAAGAAAUGUAACUGAAUUGAAAAAAAUGAAUGGCAAAUAUUAAGUGUGUAAUAUUAUGAGAAUUGAUUGCUGAUGAAUGAACCCUGUUCACCAAACCAGCUUUUGCAGUUUCAUAAUGUUAUUUUUAGUUGUGUUGUUAAUCAUGUCACAGCAUUGGUUUGGUUACAUAAUUACAAUGUAUUUUGGUGUGUUGAUGUCUGUGAGACUGGCAAAGGCAAGUCUGUGUAAUCUGCUAAUUCAUCGUUUUUCCUGUUACUAUAUCCAGAUGACUUUCAUUAGACUUUCAUGGACUUUUUCUCUGCUGCUCAAUAACAAGAUGCAUCAAAUGACUCGAAGGUGAAAUUUCAUCAGUGCAUCAUAGUGUUUACAAGCCCAAGGCGCACAUGUUAAUGUGCAUGUCCGUUUGCUUGAGUUCUUUUGAUUGCCAUAUUUGAAUAACACAAUUACAUUAAUGUGCAUUACUGUCAUGUAACUGUUGUAAUAGCAUUGUUAUGUAAGAGAUUCAGUGGGGCCAAUCAGUUGUCAUUGUUUGCCCUCACACAAAUUCCCAAGUAAUUUGAACUGGGACUGAGAGAGUGGCCAUUGCAAAACUGACCUACGUGCCACCUUCUUGAACUGCACUGUUGAUCCUGCUGAUAAUAAAUCUUACAACUCAGUGUUAUCGGGAGAUUUUGAAUAAAACUCCUGUUUUCAUCAGCACAUACAGAGCAGCAUUAAAGGUAAUUAAACGCUGUAAAAACAGAAUCAUUUAGACCUUGAUAAUCUUUGAAAUUGUUGAUUUGAGAGAAAAAUAAAACCAUUCAAAUUUUUGUAAAUGUUGUAAAUUUAGUUGUUAUGAAAGCAUUUCAUUUUGUUGUCUAUUUAACACCCAGCGUACCCAUUCACAUUUUUGGGCUUCUCAUCAUGCAAUAAUUUGCCUCUUUACUUGUUUAAUCUUGCAACCUCUUGCAGAGCAAUUUGGAGGUUGUAAGUGAUCAUAAUGCCCUUGAAUUUGAUUUGGUGUUUAAAUAAAUCUCAGUACGUGUUGGAA